AUGCCGCCUCCCCUGGAGGACCUUGAGUCUGAUGAUGAGGAUCUCGGUGAUAUCCCACACGGUGGUCCCGAGGCCAAGUCGGAGGAAUCGGAAGAGAACGGCGAGGAGGAGGACGAGGAGGACGGACUAUAUGUCGUUGAAGACAUCCUCGACCAUAAAUUUGUCAAAGGCGAGCUUGAACUCUUGGUGAAGUGGAAAGGAUACGAGGAACCGGAGGAUCAAACAUUCGAGCCAGAGGAGGGCCUAUUAGAGGGUGCCCACGACAUCGUCGCCGAGUACUACAGGAGAAUCGGUGGCCGCCCCCAGCCACCUCCCAAGCCGGCCAAGGGCCCAGGACGCAAGCGCAAAUCUAUGACCGAUGCAAAGCCCGCCCCAUCACUCACAUCACCGCUCUCGCCAACCAAGCGGCGCAAACGAUCCCCCAGGGAGGCAGAGGAGAGGGCGAAGAAAGAGGAGGGCAGCGAGGAGAGCGACCUGAACUGGGUGCCCAAGGCUAAAAACUGGGAGAAGCAAGUCGACAGCGUGGAUACGAUUGUGCGGGACCCGGACACCGACACUCUCUUUGCUUUUCUCAAGUGGACCAAUGGCAAGCAGACGAAGGUCUCCAUCCAAAGUUGCUACGAGAACUGUCCGCAGAAGAUGCUCAAGUUUUAUGAAUCACAUCUGUACGUCUUGAAUCCGCUGGAGCUAGGAGAUGAGCUGCUGACUUUUUCUACCUAG